GCCCCCGGGCGCUGCGUCGGGGGCCGUGUGCGCUCCGCCCCCCGCGGGGAGCGAGGCGGAGCCGGCGGCCGUUGGGGCCGUUGGCGCUGCCCGCGGAGCCGCCGCCGGCGGAGGGCAGCUGAGCUUUGACAUUGACACCUAUGCCUGGAGUAGGAGAUUGCGCUAAGCAGACAUCUCUGUGUACCUUCACCUGCAGCUGCUGAGAGAAGUCUGCUGCAUUACCUCUGGUACAGCUGCAACUAUGACUUGACUCAUUUGCCUUCAUGGCUCUUGGAUGAUCUAGUGAACCAUGGAGCUCAAAGUAUGGGUGGAUGGAGUCCAGAGAAUCGUGUGUGGGGUCACUGAAGUCACAACAUGCCAGGAAGUUGUAAUAGCCCUUGCUCAGGCUAUUGGCCGCACCGGGAGGUACACGCUCAUCGAGAAAUGGAGGGACACGGAGCGGCACCUGGCGCCCCACGAGAACCCCAUCGUGUCGCUGAACAAGUGGGGUCAGUACGCGAGCGAUGUGCAGCUCAUCCUCCGCCGCACCGGACCCUCGCUCAGCGAGCGGCCCACCUCGGACUGCGCGGCCCGCAUCCCCGAGAGGACGCUGUACCGGCAGAGCUUGCCGCCCCUCGCCAAGCUGAGGCCGCCUGGAGACAAAGCCAUGAAGAGGAGGGAGCCGAAAAGGAAGUCUCUGACCUUCACCGGAGGGGCCAAAGGGUUAAUGGACAUCUUUGGGAAGAGCAAGGAGUCUGAGUUCAAGCAAAAGGUGCUCAACAACUGUAAAACGACAGCGGAUGAGUUGAAGAAAUUGAUCCACCUGCAGACAGAGAAGCUCCAGUGCAUCGAGAAACAGCUGGAGUCCAAUGAAGCCGAGAUCCGAUACUGGGAACAGAAGUAUAAUUCCAGCCUGGAAGAAGAAAUCCUCAAACUAGAGCAGAAGAUCAAAAGGAACGAAGUGGAGAUUGAAGAGGAAGAGUUCUGGGAAAACGAGCUGCAGAUUGAACAGGAGAAUGAGAAACAACUGAAGGAGCAGCUGCAGGAGAUGAGGCAGAGGAUCCUGGAGUGCGAGAGCAAGCUGAAGGACUACGUGUCUCAGAUCCACAACAUGGAAAGUGGCCUUGAAGCGGAGAAGUUGCAGCGGGAAGUUCAGGAGUCCCAGGUGAAUGAAGAAGAGGUCAAGGAGAAGAUUGAGAAGGUGAAGGGUGAAAUUGAUAUUCAGGGUCAGCAGAGCCUGAGGCUGGAAAAUGGCAUUAAAGCUGUAGAACGGUCUUUGGGCCAAGCUACCAAACGGUUACAGGACAGGGAGCAAGAACUGGAGCAACUGACAAAGGAGCUGCGACAGGUUAACCUGCAACAGUUCAUCCAGCAAACAGGAACGAAGGUCACGGUGCUUCCAGCAGACCCUGUUGAGGUGGAAGCCCCACAUGUGGAGCUCGAGAGAGAGCCAACAUUUCAGUCUGGGUCACUGAAGCGCCCUGGCUCAUCGAGGCAACUCCCCAGUAACCUUCGGAUUCUACAGAAUCCCCUGUCAUCUGGUUUUAACCCGGAGGGCAUUUACGUAUGACAGUACAUACCUCUUAUGGAGAGGACCUAGCAAGGUACCCUGGACAAGAUACACUUUUGUUUUGUUCUGCCAAUGAUGAAUGGAAGAAGAUUUUUUUCCUUUUUGUUUUGUUUCUUUGCUAAGCCACCGUAUUAGUUUCUCUUCUUCCUCCAACACACCACUUGGAGCCAUACCCUGUGCACUGAUGCUAAAGAGACAGAGCAACUGUCUCGAUUCAUACUUGGCAAGGAUGACCUUGCUGUCAACACAGAUAGAGUGCAAAAACCUUCAUUUGUUUUUGCCACUUCAGAAGUGUUUGGGAAAGUAUUGUUCCUUGUAUAGGCAUAAAUAAAAGACUGAGGGUGAAGGAGAUCACGUAUGCAACUUUCCUGAGGUUUAAUUUAUUCCCUUUAAUCAAUGGACGUGUGAAUGUUGACCUUUUAUAUUUUUAUUUUUAACUUGUGAAUAAUCAUGUAUGGCUGUAUGUCAGUCUGACAAGGUGACUUUAGUCUGCGAGUACAAACAUCCACCGUUUGAUCAAGUACAAUGAUUUGCAGUGCAGAGUUCUGUGGCGUACCGAACCAUUAAAACGGUUUCUCACCACUGACUCUGUUAAUUUCUGUUGUGGGUCAUAUUAUGUCAUGUUCCAUCCAUAGCUACCUUCUAAGGCUUGAAAAGUGAGCUUGUGGGAUUUACUUGCCGUUGAAUCUGCCUUGAAUGAAGCACCUAGUGUUCAAAAGAUUUAUGGAAUUGAAACCUUGGCUUGGUAAAAGUAUUUCCAGUAUAUGAUUGAGGAUGCACUAGUUAGAUGAUAUUUUAUUAUAUAGAAUGUAUAUUUGAAAUAUUUUGCCACAUUGUAUAUGCCUUUUGAGAAAAGAGCAACAUAAGAAGCUGUCUUCAUAUAUCUUACCAAAAGAAAGUAGGAAGCUUUCACUGUGUGUGAUUUUGUACUUUUUUUGUUCCACUAGCCAUUGCAGUGUUCUUGUUUUGCGGUAAGUCUUGCUGUUGGGGGAGAAAAAAAGACCAACAAACACCCACAAAACAAAUGAGUAUCACCUUCCAGAAUUCAUUCAUGUUUUGUGGAAGGAAGAAAACUGGCAGAGUCCCCUGACCUGAGUUGGGGCCAGGAUUUCAUUCCUGGUCCCCAGUCUUAAAUGACUGACAUUUAGUCCCUUUGGAAAAUGUAUUGCUGCUCAGUCGCUUACAGUGUAUAAAGCUUACAAACAGGAAAUGCACAGGUUUGGUAGUAAUUUUUUAUAAAGCACAUGAAAACAGAAUUUUAUCAUAUAUUGAUGUCACUCAAAUACAAUCAGAGCUGAGCAAGGAUUAGACAGAAUGGCUUUUAUGCAGAAAGUAAGACACUACCAAACAGCAUUUUGGGUACAGGCUUUGAAAUUAGAUUGCUGGAGUGGACCCUGAGUUUGUAGAGAAAGUUACUGGCAUCAUUGGGACACACCAUAUACGUUAGGAGGUAUAACCCAUCCUCGUGGAUGAAUUAGAGAAGGGAUGGGCUUUACCCAGCUGCAUUCAGAUUUCCUGCUCUAAGAGCAACUCAUAUCCUCAUCCCCACCUUGAGGUGAAGAGGGGUCACCAUGCUUUAGCCACUGUGUAGAAUACCUGCACUUCAGUUAGUGCCAGAACGACAGAACUCUGGAUGCCCUUGAGAGGAUCAGGAUUUUGCCACUGGUAGGAAACGUUAGUCUUUUUGCCAUAGAAAAUACUUAAGAAUUCUUAACUCCUGGCAUCCUCUUGUGUUGGUUUACUGACAUGCAGAUAAAUGUUACAUGAAGUUUCCUUUUUUAAAAAAAGGAGCUUCCUGACAAGUGGAAGUUUUAUAAGAUAUAAUAGAAGAUGAAGGACUCUUGAGUGUUUAAUGCAUUUUUUUUUCCUUUUUGACUUAUUAAUGGCAUCAUAUAUUCUAAAAAUGCUGCUGUAUUUAGACUAACAGCACCAGAUAAGGUUGUGAAUAUAUAAAGGACCUUUCCAAAUGAGCUCUGAAUUUUUACUGUUUAACUUAUCAGGUCUUUUUUUUAUUAUUUUUAUUUUCCUUUGUGAGCAAACUGGAAAAUGAGAUGUUCCUACCUGAGGAAUCUUGGCAGUGCUCACAGAUUUUACUGUUUGUUUAUCACAUCUCUGUGCUCAUGUUCACUGUGCCCAUAACUUUGUAUUAAAAAAAUGAAUGUGUGUAUAUAUAUAUAUAUAUAUUAAAAAAGAAAGUAAAAUAUACAUAGUUUUGGGACAAUCUGUCCAAGGUACUUGAGCAUAUAUGCCUUACAUUGUGAGUUCAAUUUACAGAAAUGAAAUGGCCCUUUCCAGUGGGUAUCUUGCAUUGUCAGCACCUCUUGAUGUUAGAGAACUGAGGCACUCAGCACCUUGCAAAGUCUGGCCCAAAUUAUGCUGCAUGUGGGUUGGGGAAAACACAAGGAAAAGCCUAUUGCAACUUCAGUCCAGUGCUGAGGUGAAGUAUUUUUAAGGCAGAUCAACAUACUUUUACCCAGCUGAUGUUUUUGUCAUACUCUGGCUGUUCCAUCUCCCACAGAUGUCAGUCUGAGCUGAAUUGGACUCUUGCAUCAUAAAAACUGCUCUCUUUCUCUGUCAUGUUAUUCUGUAAGAGGAAGGGAGGAGGAAAAGGUUUAAAUGGAAGGGUUAAGAGCAGCUUUGGAGGGCUUGAGUUAUGGCUUUGUAAUAGAAUCAAGGAAGGAGUUUGCCAUUUAAGUUAAAAAAUAGCACCUGCUGACUGCAGCAGCUGUUUGAUGGGAGAGGCCAGCGUGGAGCUGGCUCAGGAGAAGCCACCACAUCAUCCCUGAAUGGGCCUUCCUUGUCAGGACUUUAGCAUAUGUCAAGGUGACCUGGAAAAUGUUUGUAGCUUCAGCCACUGUUAUGUCAAAGGAGAGGCUUUAGUACCCAAGCCUGUCAUUUGUGAGACACUGACAAAUUCCCUUGCCCCUCACCAUGCUCCUCUUGUUAAAUUUCACCCAGGCUGAAGUUCUGUAGCAUUUUCACCUUCUGUGUAAAUAAACCAAAAAGAAAUGGCAUGCCCUUGCAUUAAUGUGAACUGAACAAUGUAUUACAGUUAUAAAAAUUCCUCACAUUAUGGCAUUAAGAGUUUUGCUUCUGAUCAACUGCAGAACCUCACUCUUUCUUUACAAAUGUAGAAAAACACAUUUCAGAAGUGUUUCAAAUAUGCUUAUGGGGCAUUAGCAGCAAGGAAGCUACACACACUAAUUUUAACAAGUGCCAUAUGGUUUACUGGGCAGCAUGAUAAAAACGGGGUGUUUUGCUUGCGUUAAAUAGUUGACUACACAAGCACUAUUUUCCAGUGCACAGGGAGUUUAUAUGGAGAACUCCUGUAACUUAUUACUAAUGGAAAUUAACUGUGUUACCUCUCUCAUCCAUGAGGAUACAGUUUAUUCUUGCUGGUGAUGCUAUGUUGUUAGGGAAAAGGGGGGUUGAAAAUGGUGACAGUUUGAAAAGCCAGUAGGUUAAGGCAAACAUAAAUGUUCUGAAUGCCUGUGCAAGGGAGAAACCCAAGUCUCACUCUGAAAAAUCAACUAGGAACCUGCUUCCCAUUACCUUUGGGUGGGACUUGGGUUCCCAAGUCCUGAAUUGCUUCUGGAAAUGGUCUGUUAGCUUUGAGAUUACUUGCUUUUCUGCACCCUAGCAAGUUGGAAGGAAGCUCUUGAAGAAGAGAACUAACACUAGCAUUAGCAAUAUGCAAAAUUGCUUUUGUUGUGAGGUAAGACAGGAAAGAUCCUUUAGUGAAAUAAAAAUCUCCUCUUGGGGCAAUAAUUGCCUUGUUUUUAGCAUGAAGAGUAUUACUUUAUUUUAGUGAACUGGGAUCCAAUGAGUAAAAUACCUGAUCUUAUAAAUUUUAGUGAGUUAUCUUGAAGCAUAUAAAUUCCUGACGUGCAUUAACUUGAGCAAAUUGGGCCUUAAUGAUCCAUGUAAAUAACAAACUGUAUUCAGAUAUUUUUUCCAGAAAAUAGUCUCUAAUGGUCUGUACUGUAUUAAAAUAAGUAUCAAAAGUGUUACUUUUAUAUUCCCUUUUUUUUUUAGAACAUUGAAACAUGCAUGUUUAUUCUAUUUGCUACAGUAUUUUAAUGUUUUGGAUGAAGGCCAUCAGUUGUAUGGAGAUGACAAAACAAUCAUUCUGUCUAUUUAUUCAAUAUUGCUGCUUUAAGUUUUGAAAAUAAAGCUUUCAGUGCCAA